AUUAGAAAUUAUAUUUAAAGUUUCGUGUUAUAAGUAGUUAAUUAUUUACAGCAAUCAGUUAUUUAAUUUAUUGAAAUAUUUAAGUUAUAUCUUUUGGGAAUGUCGGAAAUAUAUAAUUGGGAAGAUUUACCUAAAGAUAUAACACCAGAUUUUGUUUCGAUUCCAGAAGAUUAUGAUUUUCCAUUCUAUCUUUCCGAAAAAGAAGAAUGGAUCAAUUAUAAAUAUCUAGAAAAAAAGAAAGGUAGAGUGUCGGUAAGCGAACCUUGUUUAAUAACAGAGUUGAACAGAUUUGUGCCUUAUCUAGAGAAUGGCGGUAUUAAAUUUCAUCCCCUUAAUAUGCCUUACAUUAAAAUAGGAAAGAUAGAAAUAGUAGGCUUUGUAUUAGGCACCUCACAGGAUGCAAGAUUUCAUGAAUAUCAGGUUGAUGAUGGAACAGGGACUAUUAAAAUUUUUUAUGAAAAAAGAAAAUUUGACAUGGAUAGUUAUAAAAGGUGUAUUAUUGACAAAAAGUAUGGUAAACAUGCAAGGAAUAUCGAUAUGAAUGGAUUGCAGACACAAAUAUGUCCAUCAAAGUUUCCUAAUCCACGUCCAAACUUUUAUUAUCCACCUGAUACAAGUAUACGUACUAUGGCUAUUAUAGAACAUAACUGGGCAUUGGAGACAAAUAAUGGUUUGCUUGGUAAAAAAAUUACCCCUCAUGAUUAUAUACAUGCAGUAGGGUAUUGUUCGCUUGACUUUCUUGAUAGAAAAAAAUCACGGAAAGAGAUUACAUUUGAAGAUUUGUCUGUUGCAAAAUUGAAUUUCUAUGCAACUGCAGUGACUUGCAUCGAUGAGUCUGAAUAUAAUACAAAACUAGUUUCAUGGUUGGGUACAGUUGUUCAAAGAAGAUACCGUACACCCGAAAAAAGUUCAUCAACUUCUUAAAAAUUCGGAUAUCUUCUCGAUGCUUUGAUUCAGUAUUAAUAAAGAUAAGGGUAAGAAUGUAAAAUAUAUUACUUAAAAUGUAUAUAUUUAUAAUCGAACAAUAAAACAAUAUGUGAAUA